AUGGCACCCAGCAAGAAGACCUUUAUUACGUUAAGGCAGAAAAUAGACGUGAUUAAUGUUGCCGAGCGGGAACAUUUAAGUGUUCGCAAAUUAGGUGAACGCUUUACUGUAAGCAAAACACAAGCCGCACAAAUUAUGAAACAAAAAGAUAACAUUCGUAGACGAUGGCAAUCUGGUGAAAAUUUGGACCAAAAAACAACAAAACUGAGAAAUGAACCAGCACAGAUUGACAAGAUUUGUUUUGAGUGGUUUGCUCGUGCUAGAAGCCAACACAUUCCCAUAUCAGGGCCGCUAAUAAAAGUCAAAGCAGAAGAAGUAGCUAGCAACUUAAAAUAUGAUAAGUUUAGCGCAUCCGAUGAAUGGCUACACAAAUGAAGGAGAAGGCAUAAUAUGAGUUUCAAGUGUAUCUCAGAAGUUGACAAAUCUGAAAAUUAUGAUAUCGUUAUUAAUUUGGAUGAAAAGUUGUUAACUGACGAGCCUUAUGAAAAUAAAAUAACUAAGCAGAUGAGCGAAAAUGAUGCAACAGAAGAGAUGGUUACGCAAGAGAGUAGUGAUGAAAAAGAAGAAAAUUCUGGUUCCAUAACUUCCUACGAAAACGCUUUGAAAAUUAUUGAAAACUCACAAAGAGAUUUUUUUGUCUUCGAACAGUUAAAAAAUAUUGAAUCUCAUUUCCAAAAUUGUUUUCUACAAGAAAAA